AUGCGCAUCGCCGACGCAGAAGCGACUACUGAUUCAAUUAUGAGCCAAAAAGGAGUACCACUGACCGGUUCUUCAUGGGAAACAGAUGAAUUUGACAUCGAUGCAUACCUUGCCCGCAUGGGAGUCAAGCGUGGGCCUCCGACGAUUGAAACACUGAAUAUGCUUAUGCAUGCGCACUUGCAUACCUACGCCUUUGCGAAUGUUGACAUUUUGCUUGGCCAGCACAAAGAUGUUGCCCCACGCACUGUUCAGGAACGACUGGUGGCGCGAAGCCGUGGAGGGUAUUGUUUCCAACACUUGCAAAUUUUUGCCGCGGCAUUGGAAAGCAUGGGUUUCUGCAUCGAGCGCCAUUUGGGUCGUGUUUAUUCCUGGCACGAUUGUCGCACGCACAUGACAGUGUUUGUGUCCAUGGACGAUGGAGAGUACAUGUGCGAUCCUGGAUUCAUUUUCUCGCCGCCAUGUGCGAUGAAGCUGGUCGAUGGCGCUACGUACACCGCUGCCGGAAGGACGUUUGAGAUCAGAAAGGUGAUCCACAAAAACCAUGUGUACUGGGAGCUUCGUCGCGGUGGCAAGCUGCAGCAUGUUACGGACUUGCUGCCUAUCGAACCGCAAGAUGUGCAGCUAGGAGACGUUGUGACCUCCAGGAUAAUAAGGCCGUUUCUCGAUAACUUGAUGUUGGGUACCUACAUCGACGAAGAUACCUAUGUCACUGUCACUGCCAACUCACGCACGAUUCGUCGCACUGGUCAACCGACCAAGCACGUCAAGAUCUCUGCUGAAGAGGCCGUUGCCGAAGUGUCGAAAUUAAAGGUGGAACUUGUGCAAGAUGAGCCCGAGCGCCUAGCCGCUGCAUUAAAGAAACUUGAUAUACAGUAG